AUGUACUCGGGCCCUCCGAUCCAAACUCUCUAUGUUUUCAACGAGUGUGAGGCGGUACGAAGGGUCUUGGCGCUCAGUUCUCCCACGAAAAUCGCUUCGCAGUUCUUCUCUUACCUUGGCUUCGAGCUCUGCGAGUCUCGAAAGUCCACAGUGGCCCAUACAUUACAUUUGCUUAUGCGCCCCCACAAGAACGAGCGCUAUUUCUCCCACGACGGCUUCCCAGUGUUCCCUACCUCAACGAUGGCAUAUGAGAAGUCAUCCUCUCUUCUCUAUACGAGGACGGCUUCAGUAGCGCCCUGCGACGCGUCGCCCUGGCCUGUCGUCGUCUCUGCACUCUGGCUCAUCAAUUCAUCUUCCGUGGACCAUUGCGUGCGGCUGACUUUGGCAAAAUGGGUGAAGCGCGUAAAGAUCUUGGUUGGCCUUCCCUGCCAGCGAUGGCUGGACCGUGACCAUGGAGUUCUCGCUUCUUUUAGCGACCUUCAACCUGCACACUUGCAUCUCACCCCUUAUUCUCGAAUCUACACCCUCUAUUCCAAUCGAUGCCCACCGGCUCCCGAUUUGUUUCUAGCAAUUUCUUUCCCCAAGCUCCAGGACCUUACGCUUGCCAACGUUGUGGAGGAACUAAGGUGCCUCUUGCCCAGAACAUCAACCAACCGCGCAGUGUCAUUCGACAUCCUUGCUAGCAACGUAAUUGGGCCCGAAUGGGCCGGCGAUUGGGACUGA